AUGAACGCCUCUGUGGAUGCGGCCGCCUGGCCGAUCGGGCAAACUAGUGGGGAUCGCAGUAGCAGCAGCAGCGGUUUUCCACUCGCCAUCUGCCUGCACCGGUACCUGCGGUGGAUCGGGCAGCUCCACGGCACCAUCGACGCCGUCAGCGACGAUGCCUACACACUCGACCGUCUUCUUUCCCAAGGGGUGCUUCCGCUCCGUCAGCGUACUGGCGUCGCACCCACCGCGGCGGAAGCGCGGCUGCGCGCCGCUGUUUGCGCGCUGCUCAUCGGAGACACCGCGGCACAGUCGGCGCGCCCGCCGGGAAACAAGUUGGCGACGUCAGCAGCAGCAACAACCAGGGGCGGGUAUAACGCAGCGAGUCUCCGUGGUGCUCCCUUGCCAACACCCAUGGUGCACACCGAGGCUCCUUCCUGCCCGUGUCGCGUCUACUUCGAGCAGCAGCAGCGAGAGGCGGAGAUUCGCCGUCUUUCGCUCAGUCGGCAAAGCAUCCAUGAAGAGGACGACGACAAGGAAAGCCAAGCCGGGCAGGCGGCCAUCCUCAGCACUGCGAGUGGCAGCAAUGACGAGAGCAAGGAUUGUGCGGUGCACCUCAGUGCAACUAUGUCCCAUUUACCGGCCAGGUUGAAGGAUGCCUCACGCGACGUUGAUAGCACCUGCAGCGGUCGCGGGUUGGCAGGUGCGCUACUCGCACACACAGUGACGCUUGGCUGCAGCGGACGCAAUUCCAGUCCUCGUGGAGAUGUCGCCGCUUUUGGACGGAAGGUACGCGCCGGCUCGCGCCCGUCAGUCGCGCCGUCCCAGCCGGUGCCUCUCCUCCUUCCCGUCGCUGCCGCCACGCCCUCUUCCGCCUCUUCGAUUGAGAUCGGCAGCGAUGGACCACAGGCGAAUUCUAAUGGAGACGCACAACGCCGUCAGCGUGGUGGCCGCGAAGGCAGCGACUCCUCUGCUGCUUCAUCUUUUCGGUCACUCCCCAUACCUGUUGGUGCUGACACCCAAGCGCACCGCACUCUCCACCCCAUGCUGGCCCACGUCAGGCCCGAAGAUGUUCGGCGCUGCUCGCUCUGCAGUGCGCAGGUGCUGCUCGAGAGUGCGUGGCAUGCUAUAUAUCAGAUGAACCUGUUGACGCUGUUGAGCGCUGCCCCCUCCAUGGCCGCUCCGCUGCCCCUUCCACCGCCAGAUGUCCUGCGCAUACACCCGGCUGAGGCUCUCCUGCUGUUGUACCAGUGCGCCCAACGGUGCUUCGUGUCGGGCAUUAUCAUGGCGACGUCUGUUGGUCUACCAGCGUCCUCGAUGAGAGGUAGCUCAUCCUCGGCGCAGGGAGGUGUGAGCGCGCAGCCGCUAAGCGCACUGGAUGUGCUGCGCGGUGGCCACGGUGGCGGAGCUGCCACUACCGCUUGCCUUUCUGAGCAGCAGCAGCGGCAUGCCACUGAAGAGGGUGUGCUCGCAGAUCUUGCUGGCGGCCUGCUUUCCGUAGUACAAGGCGUCAUUGGCACAGCUGUCGAGCAGCUGUGGCCGCGUGCGACCACAGCUGCACCGGUGAAAAAAGCAGUGGUGAACAUCAUGGGCGACGUGCUGAGGUUGCGCUUUGAGCUCUUCCACACUGUCUUUGUGAUUCUUACCACCGAGAACGGCAGCCACGCGGCACUGGCGAAGCUGGCAACUGUCUGUGGUGAGCUACUAGCGUGUCUUCAGCGUCUUACAUUCUGGCACCAGAAGGACCUCGUACCGUCCGAGCCCUCACCACGACCCUUCUCGCUGGCGCAGAGGAGCGACGGUGACACGCACCUCCCUGAGGGCGAUGGACAGGGGGUGAUAGGCAGCAAGGAGGCCGCGGGAGAGGCCACUGAUACUGUGGCUCUGGAAAAGCUGCCGUCAUCAUCAACCUCUGUCGACACCAACCCUAUCGACGCGGCCCAUGAAGCACUCAUCCAGGCAUUCGCGCUGCUCGACGACCCUCACACCACUGCAGGUGGCGCUGGCGACGCCAUCGACGACAAAGCUAUGACUGUUUUGAUGGAGGAUAUAAGUGUUCUGUGCUGCGUCGCAGCCCUCCUCGGGUCCUUCGCAAGGCUGGUCUGCACGCGCGAAAUGGUAGCGAGUGUAGCGGCCGAUACAUCUCUGUCCACAUCGGAGCCCGCCUUCUCCCCCUUCUCGUGGUUGUCGUCCUCGCCGCUACUACCACUGCAUCAUCACAGCCUCCUCCUCGACUGUCAUGUCUAUCCCUGUCUACAGCGACUACAAAGCUCAAUUCGAGGCGACUGUAAUGUGCAAGCGCGCCAUCUUAUCGCCCUGUGGUGGUUGCUGCGUGCAGAAACCGUGCGGCACUGGGUGUCGGCGGCAACGAGCGGGCCGUCUCACGUGCAGGGCUGCAGCGUCUUGGACACGUCAGAGGAAUUGCACUCGACAGAGGGCGCCGCGUUGCAGGUUUUAGGCGUCAACAUCACAUUGCACGAGGACCUGAAACGUGAGGCGCAGCCGGCUCAAGAGCAGCAGCGUCAGCACUGGUCCCAGUGGCUCAAGGAUGCCUCUCGAGCAGCGGUGCGUGCGAGCGACGUAGCAAAUGAAUUUCUUGGGCUCACCCUCAUCCAGACCUGGUCCUCCGCCGCAUCGAUGACCGCGCCUCUGCGCUGGCAGUUGCCGGCGUCCUCGACGCCGCCCUUGUCACCGCAGACGCCCGGCGCCUUCCUCCCUUUGCCAUGGAUUCGUCUGUGGCUGUUACUGUGUCCCCCGCUGUUCCGCAUCUCGCCCGCCGACGUCGUCGCACUACGCCAAAGAGCUCAGCAGCAGCCGCAGCACAAAGAGGAGGAGGCGCCGACCACAGCGAACCGCGGCGCGGUGCCGGUCGAAACUAAAAGAAGCGCAGCCGUCGCCACCAACAAGAAGAAGUCGAUUCAGGCACGGCAAGCUUCGCCAACGAGCACUCACCAGGUCUGCAGCCGCACGCAGCCCAAAGGAGCUCAACGCACCGCCGGCGCACCUACUUCGUUGGGGGUCGCUGACCCACGCAUAGGCAGCCGCAACCGCGGUGGGAGCGUCACCAACGCCACCGCCGCUCCAAGCGACAAUCAGGACAAGGAGACGCAGCUUCAGCGGCGUCUGCAGCUGAGCAAAGAGCCAGUGUGCUUCUGGCUGCGAUGGUCUCUUCUCUUUACACCCUCGUCUCUUGUGCAGCCUCAGUCGAUCGGCGCGGACGUGCCAAAGAAGUCCUCCUCGACAUUGCUGUUGUCUGCGCUUGAGUACGUUGUUACACGUUUGCGCUGCCCCACGGCCGCGUGGCUUCAAGGGCCACAGCGCAGUGCAGCGCCGUCGACGGAGCUUGUCUGCUUGCUCCAGCAUGCCUUUCCUCUUUACACCCCUGCGAACGUGGUGACGGCAUUAAAGGCCCAAGCGGAUCUGUUUCUGGCGCGCGAGGUGGAUCUCCAGCACGGAGUGGGAACUGAAACUCAUGCGGCAGCGGCUCCGCUACCCAUGCAGGAGUCUCUCGGAGGUCUCGCCUUCGCCCCUUAUUCUUUCGCCGCUGCACUGACAGCUCUGCAGGACGUGGUAAAGCGCUCGAUUCACUCACAGGUGGCAGCAGCGACGUACAUCCCGCCCCACGAGCAGAACGUCUCUCGAGGCGCAAUUUCUGUAUCCCUAUCCGCAGCAGAUCCUCUUCACUCAAAGUCAAGACAGCUCGUCCCAUCACCGCCUUCUAUCGAGGACCCAAGUUGUAGCGUCGACAGCGCUGCAACCGUCGCUACAGUGACUCCAUCAACCCAACGCAGUGGAACUCGCCGAUCAACGUUGGUGGCGGCACGUGUCCUCUCGCGACGUGUCGCUGGCACGAGCGCCAAGUCCCCCGCUACAGACACAGCUACCGGUGAAGGCAAUUGUGGUAAAGCUGAAAAGGCCACGAAGUCCGCGGCUGCGGAUGGCAUGAAGCCCGGGGCAGCUGACUCCGCGACCGCGGAAAGCGCACAACGGACGUUUGCUAUCUGA